UAAUAUAUACACACAUUCAUAGAUGCAUCGUUCGAGCAGCUGACCGACCAGUCAGUCCACCACGCUUCAUCCAUUGUGUCCCCAGCACCGUGCACUGCACACACGCACAUGCACGAAACAAAGGCUACCCUCUCUAUCUAUCUAGCUGACUAGGCUUUGCUCCGCCAUCAUGCGAUUGGCCCAGCCUACUGCCGGCCGCUCACGCCUUGACGCACGACUCGCAGCAGUCACCAGGCCUGACAGAUCAAAACAGGAAGGACCACACACACUCGUCGCUCUAUAUGGUGGUGGGAUUGGAUUCCUCUCUGCAGACCAGAUCCCUUACGAGAACUUGGUCUUGAGUCCAUUCUCCUCGACGCACCACGGCAUUGCGAAGCACCGCACGUUGAUGCAGUUCUCGUGCGCUGCAGAACACACACACAUCGCCGUACGCCCCGCCAUCUUUCAGUGUGUUCUGCUCUCUCUCCCGUGUCACCUUGUGCGUGCGGCUCGACGAGGAAUGGGCUGUCAUACGAGUUGUCCAUCUCGAAGGGUCCUUUGCACACCGGGCAGCACUGCUCAGGAGUGCGCUUCAGCUCCAGCGGUGCGAGGCACUUGAUGUCGGCACACUCCACCCUCGCACAACCGGGGGGAGGCGGGGGAGGCACUACUCACAGAGAGUACAAACAGAUGCAGCCAGCCAUGUGGAUCUGUGAGAGAUCUCGGUGAGAUCUGUGUUCAGAAGAAGCGGCGAGCGGUGCGCACCUUUCCAUGGUUCCUCAGAUCCCUCGACGGUGCCGUCGUUCCAACGGGUGUCCCGCUUCAAACGAAGGGCACAGCACACCUGCAUGCCAUGGACUCACCCACACACAGGGAUCCAUUGAUGAGAUCUGCAGGGCUGUCUGGGUGUGUGGAAUGUUGCGGGUUAUCUUACGGUGGCGAGGAAGGUCAACGAGAUGGCGGCCUUGACGAACAUCGGGAAGACCUUUCAACCCUGCGGGAUGUUUGGCUUUUGCUCCUCAAGG